AAGGAACAAUCUGGAACAUCUCCACACACACACAGUGAAGGAACAUGGACCUCAGAGCAUCCCUCUCUCUCCUAGUGCUGUUGCUGGGUUUGUGUAAGGGUCUGGCCUUCAUGAUGGUGAGAGAUGGUGUUGACAUUGAAAAGCUUUUCGACGAUGCAGACAACGUGGACUUAACAACCCAGAUUCUGUCCGCUAACAAUGCCUCCAGUGAGCUUCUCGUGGAGGGCGAUAUUGCUGUUCCGCGACAGAGGAAUGCGUUAAUCUGCUCCUCCUGCAAGUGGAAGAAAUCUGCCAACGGCCUUGUCGAAGUGCCUGUGAUUGUGAGCCCUGAUUUCUCCGUCUAUGAAAGGAUGAAAAUCGAAAAGGCGAUGCUGACCUUCACAAAAGAGACCUGCAUCCGAUUUGUGCCUCGCUCAACAGAGGUUGACUACAUCAGCAUAGAGAACGGUAAAGGGUGCUGGUCCUACAUUGGGAGAGCAGGAGGCAGGCAGUUGGUGUCCUUGAACAGGGAUGAAUGCAUCUACAAUGGCCUCAUCCAGCAUGAGCUCAACCACGCCCUGGGCUUCUACCACGAGCACAACAGGGCCGACAGGGACCAGUAUGUGAAAGUCCACUGGGAAUACGUCGACCCAGACCAGGCUUACAACUUUAGAAAACAAUAUGGUAACACCAUGGGCACUCCAUAUGACUACACAUCUGUGAUGCACUACACCCGAACUGUUUUCACCACCGAGUAUGGAAAGGCAACGCUCACCCCCAUCCCUGACCCGGACGUCCCCAUUGGCCAGAUACAGGGUCUCUCCCCCACUGACAUCCUGAGGAUCAAAAAGCUGUAUGAAUGCUGAUUGGAGCAAAUCAUCAAAACAGGAAUGGCGAUUGUUGACUAAACAUAAAAGAACAUAUCUCAAACCUGGAGACAAUUGUGCUGCCUCUCACAACUGUGGUGAA